ACAUGCUCCAGCUCCUCAGCAACCAAGACGCGGACUUUCCAGGCCUGUUCGACCCGCCCUACGCUGGGGGCGGAGCGGCGGGCGCAGACCCCGCGCGUCCCGAAGCCCGCUCCCCGGACGGCUCCUCUCCACCACAUGCCUCUAUGGGCUCCCCGCUGGAAGGCUUUCUGGGGGGGCCCAAGGCCAUCCCCCCACUGUUGUCCCCUCCCCAGCCUGUGCCCGCAUUGAAGAUGUACCCACCUGGGCCUGCCUUCUCCCCCGGGCCUGGGAUCAAGGAGGAGCCAGUGCCACUGACCAUCCUGCAGCCCCCCACCCCACAACCCCUGCCAGGGGCCCUCCCGCCCCAGAGCUUUCCGGCCUCAGCCCCACUGCAGCUCAACUCGAGCCCCAGCCCUGUGCCGGGCUAUCCCAGCCCCGCGGGAGGCUUUUCCACAGGGACCCCUCCAGGGAUCACCCCACAGCCUCUGCCUGGCUCGCCAGGUGGCCCGCCAGUCUCCUUGCACGCCCAGGUUCAGAGUGCAGCCCCCCAGCCACUGUUGACAGCCACAGCCCCCACCACAGUGGCCCCUGGAACAGCCACUGUGACCUCACAGAUCCAGCAGGUCCCGGUCCUGCUGCAGCCCCACUUCAUCAAGGCCGACUCGCUGCUCCUGACGGCCGUGAAGGCAGACCUGGGAGCCCCUGCGAAGGCGGCGGGUGUUGGCUCCCUGGCUGCUGGCACGGCUGUGCAGACCGGGCCCUUGCAGACCCUGGUGAGUGGCGGGGCCAUCUUGGCGACAGUGCCGCUGGUCGUGGACGCUGACAAGCUGCCCAUCAGUCGGCUGGUGGCCAGUGGGAAGGCCCUGGGUGCGGCCCAGAGCCGCGGCGAGAAGCGGACAGCCCACAAUGCGAUUGAGAAGCGCUACCGCUCCUCCAUCAAUGACAAGAUCAUCGAGCUCAAGGACCUGGUGGUGGGCGCUGAGGCGAAGCUGAAUAAAUCUGCUGUCCUGCGCAAGGCCAUUGACUACAUUCGCUUUCUACAGCAGAGCAACCAGAAACUCAAGCAGGAAAACUUGAGUCUGCGCGCUGCUGCGCAUAAAAGCAAACCUCUGAGGGACCUGGUGUCAGCCUGUGGCGGUGGAGGAGACGCCGACGUGCCCAUGGAGGGCAUAAAGCCUGAGGUGGACACGCUGAGCCCACCGCCGUCAGACGCAGGCUCGCCCUCCCGGAGCAGCCCGCUGUCCCUCGGCAGCAAGGGCGGCGGCGGCAGCAGCAGUGACUCGGAGCCCGACAGCCCCGUCUUUGAGGACAGCCAGGCGAAGCCGGAGCCGCCACCCGCCCACAGCCGGGGCCUGCUGGACCGCUCCCGCCUGGCCCUGUGCGCACUCCUCUUCCUCUGUCUCUCCUGCAACCCUUUGGCCUCCCUGCUGGGCAGCUGGGCUCUCCCUGGCCCCUUGGAUACCACCAGCACCCACCAGGGCUCUGGGCGCAGCGUGCUGGGCACUGAGGACAGAGAGGGCCCUGGCUGGGCGCCGCGGCUGCUGCCCCCACUGGUCUGGCUGACUAACGGGCUGCUGGCGCUGGGCUCCUUGGCGCUUCUCUUUGUCUAUGGAGAGCCAGUCACGCGGCCCCACUCGGGCCCCGCCGUGCACUUCUGGAGGCACCGCAAGCAGGCGGACCUGGACCUGGCCAGGGGGGACUGCGCCCAGGCCUCCCAGCAGCUGCAGCUGGCCCUCCGGGCACUGGGCCGGCCCCUGCCCACCUGCUCCUGGGGGGCUGCACAGGAUGCGGCCCGCGGGCACUGCCCGGGGCAGAGUGACAGCCCACCUCCUUCCCCACAGCGCUUCUUCCUGAGCAGUGCCCGCCAGGCCUGCCUGGCACAGAGUGGCACAGUGCCCAUUGCCCUGCAGUGGCUCUGCCACCCUGUGGGCCACCGUUUCUUCGUGGAUGGGGACUGGGCCGUGUGCAGCCCCCCGAGGGAGAGCCUGUACAGCUCGGCCGGGAACCCAGUGGACCCCUUGGCCCAGGUGACCCAGCUGUUCCGAGAACACCUCUUGGAGCGAGCACUGAAUUGUGUGGCCCAGCCCAGCCCCAGCCCUGCACCAGCUGACGGGGACAGGGAGUUCUCGGAUGCCCUGGGGUACCUCCAGCUGCUGCACAGCUGCUCUGAUGCGGCCGGGGCCCCGGCGUGCAGCUUCUCCGUGGGCUCCAGCAUGGCCACCACCACCGGCACAGACCCGGUGGCCAAGUGGUGGGCCUCGCUGACGGCUGUGGUGACGCACUGGCUGCGGCGGGACGAGGAGGCUGCGGCGCAGCUGUACCCACUGGUGGAGCGCCUGCCCCGUGCCCUGCAGGAGUCCGAGAGACCCUUGCCCAGGGCAGCUCUGCUCUCCUUCAAGGCUGCCCGGGCCCUGCUGGGCCGCAGGAAGACCGAGGCCAGCCCGGCCAGCCUGGGCCUCUGUGUCAGUGGGUACCUGCAGGACAGCCUGGCCACCACCACAGCCGGCAGCUCCAUUGACAAGGUGAGGGGCGGGGCCAGGGCCCUGCGGGUCUGCGGGUGGCGGCCUUUCCACUCCUUGGCCCUCCCCUCCGGGCUGCAGAAGACGGGGGCGGAGAAGCUCGGGGACCGCCGGCUGCUGCACGACUGCCAGCAGAUGCUCAUGCGCCUGGGCGGCGGGACCACCGUCACCUCCAGCUAGACCCCCCCACGCCCCGUGUGAAGGGCCUUGUUGCCCUUGGGCUGUGUCGCGGCUGGAGCCUCGCAGGCCAACGGCAGCGCCAGAGACCCCAGUGCCGACGAUGCACCCAGGGGCCGCACUGUAUCGGCAGGAGAUGGGGACGAAGGGGAGAUCCUUGGGAGCUUUUCCUCUUGACCUGGGAGGCCCGAGGGAGCGGGACCCCGACACCCCCUGCCCACUCGCCAAGCCGAGGCACCGAGGCCGGAAUGGUGCUGGCCUCUGGUGGCCGGUCGGGGAAUUGCAGGAGCCGGUCGGGUCUGUCGCCGCUGCUCUGCAGGCACCCGGUGGAGGGAAGAGGGCGCAUGUCCCUUAGCUGAGGGGCCGAUGGCUUUCCUGGCCUCUGAGGCUCAAGUGUUACUUUGCCAUUUAUAAACUUUAUUUUCAUAGGUUGAGAAGUUUUGUACAGAAUAAAAAAUGAAAUUAUUUAUAA